AUGGCGAAGAAGUCGUCAAAGGAGCUGCGAGAGCUGUACGAAGAGUGUUCGAGACACGUGGAAAACUUACGGUACCACAAGCAGGAGCUGCUGGGUGUAUCGGAGUUGUUCGUCGUCAACAUUCUAUCGUCUUGCUUGGAUCGUGAGACACGCGAGCAUUGGGAAGCUACCGUCAAGAAGGGUGAACUCCCGAAGUAUGCGCAGACGAUCGAAUUCCUGAAGCAGCGGUGCGCCAUCCUGGAACGGUGCGAGCUAGCUGCCCCUGCGUCGUCUGCUGUCCGGUCGGCAGUUCCCAAGGCGGUGCAGUCCUCGAAGCCAUCGGCAAAGAUCAUCUCGGCAGCCGCGACAUCCAACGAGGCGGAGUGCGAUCUGUGUGACGGGUCUCACGCGAACUACAAGUGUGGCUCGUUCCGCGGCAUGAGUGCUGCGGAGAGAUGGGCUAAGGUGCGUGACGCGAGGCUGUGCUGCAACUGCUUGCGCAAGGGUCACCGAGUUGGACAGUGUCCGUCGGACCGAUCCUGCAAGUGCGGCGAAAAUCACCACAGCUUGUUGCACCAGGAGAAGAACCAGCAGCAAACCAUGCCGAAGCCAGAAGCGGCUCCGGUAUCAGCGAAGGCGCCGUUGGCAGUGUCAUCCACCAGCGUGAAGGCUGGUCCCAGUGGCACGGGUGCGCCGAAAGUGAACGACGAGAACGAGCAGCAGGCAACGUCGUGUUUCAGCAGCGGAGCGCUGAAGUCACCGCAGCAGGUUCUGCUGCAGACAGCGAUCAUCAACGGGGCGGACAAGGCCGGCAGGUUCCAUCCGUGCCGCACGUUGUUGGAUUAUGGUUCCCAGGCGCACAUUUUGUCGGAGGCGAUGGCUCGAACCCUCGGCCUAACCUUCGAAAAGUGUAACAUGACGGUCAUUGGAGCCAACGCAUUCCAAGACAACAUCUCGUGCCUGAUUUCGGACAAGCCCACGGGACGGAUCCCGUCGGCAAGAAUCGAGACAGCUGCUUGGCACAUCCCGAGCGACGUGUUCCUGGCAGACCCGAAGUUCAGCGAGCCGCACGAGAUCGACCUGGUCAUGGCGUCGAACUACGUGUGGGACUUGCUGCGAACGGAUCGAGUGAAACUGGCGAACGGCACCGUGACUCUGCGUGAAACCGAUCUGGGCUGGAUCGUGACCGGCGUGUACGACCCGUUCCAGCAGCUGAGUUGCCAAGUCGUCCACAUCACGCUGAAGGAUCAGCUGAACAACGCCAUCGAGAAGUUCUGGCUAGUCGAAGAACUAGCAGACAAGCAACUGCAAACCAACGAAGAACAGGAAGUGGAAGAGCACUUUCGUGGCACCCACGGCCGUGACGAAAGUGGCCGCUUCGUCGUCCAGUUGCCGUUCAAGGACACGGUUCUUGAGCUGGGCGACAACCGAGUCCAGGCGUUGAGGAGAUUCGACCUACUGGAGCGCCGUCUGUCGCGCAACCCGGAACUCCGAGAGCAGUACACGACGUUCGUCGAAGAGUACGAGGCGCUGGGUCACUGUAAGGAGAUUGAUGAGCAACAAGAUCCACCAGAAGUGCGUAAGUACUACCUGCCGCACCACGCUGUGCUAAAACCGUCCAAUUCGUCCACGAAGCUGCGGGUGGUUUUCAACGCUAGCGCGAAAGCCGGCAAGUACUCCCUGAACGAUGUGUUGAAGGUGGGACCGACCGUCCAGAACGACCUGUUUUCCAUCGUUCUUCGAUUCCGUCGCCAUCCGGUCGCUUUCACCGCUGACGUGGUGAAGAUGUAUCGGCAGGUGCGGGUGCAUUCGAGCGAUACGCCGUACCAGCGAAUCUUCUGGAGGAAGAAGCCGAACGAGCGCUUGCGAGUGCUUGAGCUGAACACCGUGACCUACGGAACGGCGAGCGCCCCGUUCCUCGCGACGCGGUGUCUGGUGGAGCAGGUGGAGUCGGUGAAAGGCCGGUUCCCAGCAGCCGCCAAGAUCGUGAUCGAGGACAUGUAUGUCGACGACAUGCUGUCCGGCGCCAGCAACGAGAAGGAAGCAGUGAAACUUGUGCUGGAAGUGAAGAAGAUCAUGGAAGAGGGAGGUUUCCCAGUGAAAAAGUGGUGCUCUAACUCAGAGCAAGUGCUACAGUGUGUGCCUGAAGAAGAUCGGGCGAAGCCGAAGCCGGCCAUCAAGGCUCUGGGUGUCCUGUGGGACCCACGCGAGGAUGAGUUUCGUUUUGUGAACUGUUUGGAAGAGUGCGACGACAAACCAGUCUCGAAGACGAAAGUGUUUUCGGACAUCCUUAAAGUGUUUGACCCACUGGGCUUCGUAGCCCCAGUCAUCGUGCUGGCCAAAGUGUUCAUGCAGAAGUUGUGGGCCAGCAAGAUGGACUGGUCUACCGAACUAAACGAAGAGCUUCUGUGUGAGUGGUUCGAGAUUCGAGAGUCUCUAACAGCGCUGAGCGACAUUCGUGUGCCACGAUGCGUCGUGGUGCCCAACACGGUUCUGCACGAGCUGCACGGGUUCGCUGACGCGUCGACCGUUGCCUACGGGGCCAACGUCUACCUGGGGUGCAUCCGCGGGAAUGGGUCGGCCGAGCUGUCCGUGCCGAACCUGGAGCUGUGUGCAGCGCUGUUGCUUGCGUGGCUCGUCGUGAAGGUCAUCGAGACGCUGGAUCUGGAGCUGUCCGUUAUCGAGCUGUAUUCGGACAGCCAGAUAGUGCUUGCAUGGCUGAAGAAGGAUCCGAAUCUCCUGGAGACCUUCGUGCGCAACCGCGUCAUCCAGAUCCUCAAGUUCACAGAGAUCGUCUCUCGUGGGAUGAGUCCCAAACUCUUGAGUCGAUGUCCGAAGUGGUGGAAGGGGCUUCUACCGCUGACGAGCGCAGCCUACGUUCCUGAAGAACCCCCCGAACUCGAGGACAACGAGCUGCCAGGGCUGGUAGCCAUCGUCUACAACAGCGAUUCUCAACGGGGGUACUAG